GAUUUAGAGCUGAGAGAAAAGGGGCGGUAGUGCCCGACUCUGUGGUCAAUUUAUUUACCUUUCAAAACCAACGAUCGCACAUUGAGCUUUGUUGUAUUACAGCGAGUGGCGCAAGGUGAGCGCUAGUGAGGAUGACGAUGCCGCAUGUAGGGGCAGUAUUUGCAGCUAUAGCAGGAGUCAUGGCCAUCAUGUUGCACUCCUCCAUUCACAAGAUAGAGGAAGGACACCUUGCUGUGUACUACAGAGGUGGGGCUUUAUUGACUGGUCCCAACGGUCCUGGAUAUCACAUUAUGAUGCCUUUCAUUACCACCUUCAGAUCUGUGCAGACUACUCUCCAAACUGAUGAGAUAAAGAAUGUGCCUUGUGGAACAAGCGGUGGGGUAAUGAUCUAUUUUGAUAGAAUAGAAGUCGUCAACAUGCUGGUCCCUACAGCAGUGGUGGACAUCGUGAGGAACUACACUGCUGAUUAUGAUAAAACACUAAUUUUCAACAAGAUUCACCACGAGCUCAACCAGUUCUGCAGCGUGCACACACUACAGGAGGUCUACAUUGAGCUUUUUGACAUUAUAGAUGAGAACCUGAAGACUGCAUUACAGAAAGAUCUUAACGCUAUGGCACCUGGACUUACAAUACAGGCAGUCCGUGUUACCAAGCCAAAGAUCCCCGAGUCUAUCAGGAGGAACUUUGAACUCAUGGAAGCAGAGAAGACUCGCCUGUUAAUAACAACUCAGACUCAGAGGGUGGUGGAAAAGGAAGCGGAGACAGAAAGGAAAAAGGCCAUUAUUGAGGCUCAGAAAGUGGCCCAGGUAGCAGAGAUCCAGUUCCAGCAGAAGGUGAUGGAGAAAGAGACGGAGAAGAGGAUCUCUCAAAUAGAGGAUGCUGCUUUCGUGGCCAGGGAGAAGGCUAAGGCUGAUGCAGAGUAUUACACUGCUGCCAAGUCUGCUGAAGCAAACAUGUUGAAGUUAACCCCAGAGUAUCUGGAGCUGAUGAAGUACCAGGCCAUAGCAGCUAACAGUAAGAUCUACUUUGGCCAAGACAUCCCUAACAUGUUUGUAGAAGGAACCAACAGUCCGCCUAAGUCUCAGUCCAACGUUAAAGAGAAAUUAGCUGGCCAGUGAUUCCACAGCCGUUCCUCUACACAGGACAGGAGAGCCUGAUGAGGACUUGUCUUGUCUGUGGGGUGGAGAGCACUGAACUGAAGGUGAUUGGUGGGAUGGUUUUGAUCCUCUUUGGCUUUUUUGGAUUGGUGAGCAAAACACCUCAAGUCUUAAAUGUAAGUGGUGUAGAGAGAGAGGGGCAGGGGGGAGAGAGAGAAUGUAAGGUGAAAGUGAGCGGUAGAAACGGCAACGUUAAAGGGAACGUUUUUUUUGUUUGUUUUUUUCCUCCACCUUCCACUCUUUGAUAAAAGAUGUUUUAGCAAUGAGAAUGAUGCCAUGAUUAAAAAUGAAAAGCAUAAUUAAUGCUCCUGCCUGGGAAGGUGACACCAUGUUGCCCCAAAUUUACAUGUGCUUGCAAUCUGUGUGGUGUUGAACUUUGCCUUUGUAUGCAAGGGGGUGGGGGGUGGUUUGUGAUGAAAUCAAUCUUGAUUUUUAUUUUUCAAUUAAUUUCUGUUUUAUUUCAACUGGAAUCUGUCAGGUGACACUAAUUAAACGCAGGAUGUUCGAUAUUUUGAUCCACCUAGGUUUCCUGAUAAGUAAUAUAACACAUCAAGCUUUUAAGAGUGUUCUACAAACAAGUGGCCUAACUUUAACUGUUAACUUUUCACCUGAGCCUCAGUUUAGUUGUAGUUUGAUAUUUUCUUUUUAACGUGGGAGGAUGGUUCAUGAUGUGGUCUUAGGUAAGUCGAUAACACAGUGGUGUUAGGUCAGUUAUAGUGAUUUAAGAAUGCAGAAAGACUGAUGUCACUGCACUGAGAUUUACUGUGAAGCAAACUGAGAAGAAAAAAAGAUCUGCUGCUCCAAUCAAAUUUGAUUUUCCUGCAAUUAAAAAUUAAUUCAAGAGGAUUGAGUGUUCAAAGUUACUGCACUGUGUGAACGCAACAAUGCACUUGACAAGGUUGCGUGUCGUCUUCCUUGUCAAGUAAAGUCAAUAAAUCCUUCCUUUUUAUUCAGUUUUGAGUGUUGGGGCUGUGCAUGUUGAUAUUAGUUUUGGCAUUAUCUUGAUGAUUAGCAGUGUUUGCAUUUUGCCAGCUAACUCUUCUUUUACUGCUUAUUGUGAAAUGACUUACUAUUCAUUCUCAGGAAAUCUUAUUUCAGUAAAAGAGCUGCUUGAAGACGAUACUCCGAAAGACAUAGUUGACGGUUGUGUACGAAUAUUAAGUAAAAUGAGAAUGAACACCACAAGCUACGGUUGAAAAUCCAUCAUCCUAUAACAAACACCUUUUAUACUACAUUCAAAUUUUGGCUCCUGCGAAUAUUUAUGGUGACAUGUUUUGUGCAUGUCACCGUUUUACUGCUACAUCUGUUUACAGUAGGCGUCUCCUCUACCUGCUGUGCUUGUUUACAUUUUUAUGAAAGUCAAAUAUUGACGUACUGCAACCUUUUACAACCAUAACAAAAUAAUUGAAAUGAUUUUAAUGGCAACUCAUGCAAUUCCUAUAUAUAGUAGUUAAAAAACAUGUAGAAACAUUUAGAUUUUUGUGUUCCAUGUUUGGUGUAACGGCGUGAGCUCCAGCACUACACGACAAAAAAAAAACAAUCUUUGUUUUGUUUUAGCGAUGAAUGUCAACGCAUGAGCUUACUCCAGAUGCAAAUUGGUGCUAGUUGCAAUGGUGUCAGUGUUUGUUCGGCACUAUUUGGCAGAACCAUGGAAAUAUACUCGCACUAUUGAGAAUUCAAGCCUUAAAUGAAUAACCGUGGACUAAUCCAGAGUGAAGGUCUCAGUAAUAAUAAACUUCCACUUGAACUAGCCUGUGUGCUUGUAUGUACAAUGCUGUACGUGACAGCCUCGUCCGAGACUCUAGCAAAGAAAGGAACAUCUAGCAGUGGGACACUGUUUGGAGGAUGUUGUGAUGUGUACCUGACCUCCAGCAACCUGGAAGUUACUGGCUGCACUCUGCGUUUGCUUUGGUGGUGGGUUCAAAUAACGCUGCAAAAGGAGGGUAUGAAUUUCCUUUUUUCAGAAUUUUUUCUUUUUGUCAAUAUUUUGUACGAUCUGUGAAAUCUAAACAUUGUCUCCCUGUUUUAAAAAGAUUUAUAUGAAAUGAAAAUGUUUUUCCAGUUUUGACAAUGUUGUAAAAUAAAGCCUAUUUUGGUACCUCUCUG